AUGGGAACAAUAUGCUUUAAAAGUGAAUAAGAAUUGCCAAAUGACAAAUCGAAAAAAAGAAAAUAUUCAUUAACAUCAUUAAAUGACAAUAUCAAUACUUAAUUAGUGGCAAGCUUUACAGAAUUAAGUGAUGUUUCAGAAGAUUUUGAUUUUUUUUCUAUGAAAGAACCAAUUUUAUUCAACGAAAGAUGCGUUAGGGAAUAACUGGGAAGAUAUAUUAGCAGGCAUUUAGCUGCUUAUAAAAAGCUGAAUAGUAAAAUGGCGUAAUUCAACACGAAAAGCUAAAAUUAAUAUUAACAAGCCACAAAUAAAAAAAUAUUGAAGAAACUUUAAUCAAGCAUAAUCAGAGAACAUCCUUUCUUUAAAGAAUUCAAAUAUGAAUUAAGAAUAUCUACUCCACUUCGCUCAUACAAAGAUAUUUUAAAAAAAGUUUAUGAUUUUAAUUGGGAGAACUUAGAAUUUAAAUACAAUAUAAUUAAGGAUGUAAUCUUUGAAAAUACUGAUCCCAAUCAAAUUAUGAUAACUCCCUUAUUCUCUAACGAAGAUCAAUAUUCUAAGCUAGAAGAAAAUAUGAGUAUAGUGUAUCUAAAUGAUUAAGGAAUACUAUCAUUAAAAAGAAUUUUAUGGUCAAUUAAAGAAAACAAUCAUUUAAUAAAAUUCAAUCCUUUAUUAAAAUAUGUUAUCCAAUUCUUAUUAUGCAAUUUUUCUGAAUCAGAAGUCUACUUUAUGAUAUAAGCUAUGCUAGAAGAUUCAUAAUCAAUAUUAGAAUCUGAUUACAUAAAAGAUGAUAUAGCUAAAAAGCUAAAAUUUCACUUCACUCUAGAUUAUUCCUCAUUUGAAAAUUUUUGCGCACUCUUUCAAACUAGAGUUAUUACAGCUUGUAGUAGAAUGAAAUAAAUAAGUGAUCAUUUUAGUUAGGUAUUAGGCACAAGUUUAUCAAAAGUAUUUAGCAAUUUAAUAUUUAAGGGUUUCUAUCCUGCAAUACCUCUAAUAGCUCAUUUUUAAAUUAUGUUAUCAUUUAUUAAGGAUGGCUUAAGAGUAUUACAUAAUGUUGGAUUUUCAUUAUUAGAAACUCAUUAUAAAUCACUAUUGUAAUGCUAAACAAUAGAGUAACUCAAUUAAACUUUAGCUUCAACGCCUACAAAUUUAAUCACAAGCACUACAAAACUAAGAGAAUUUUUCAAAGUAGGAUUUAAAAAUAAGCUAAAAAAAACAGCAGUAGUAAAGCUUAGACCUUCGUAAAAAUAAAAUCUAUAAAUAAAAUCUUAAAUAUAUUACAGACCUAAAGUAAGAGAGCAUUCAUAUAUCUUACAAUAUAAUCAUUUUGAAUUAAUUUGGAAAUGGCUUCCAAAUCAUCUAAAGCUUUUAAAUCCAACAUAAAUAUACUCAACUUAAAUAGAUGGAUAUUCUUUACUAUAAAUGUACUUAAAGGCAAAAGAAUUUAAAAAUUUAACAAUGCUUCUUAUUAUAAAAACUGCAAAUAACAUAUUUGGAGCUUAUUGCGAUAAAAUGCUCAAUAUCAAAGAAGAAAAAUUGUAUUAUGGAUCUAAUGAAAGUUUUGUAUUUUAGGUUGAACCUAAUCCUAAACCAUAUUACAGCUCAGGACUAAAUAACAACCAUCUAUUUGUUGAUCAUUCAUAUUUUUAAAUUGGCAGUGAUAGCCCAGCAAUAUAUUUAAAUACAGAUUUAAAAGGAAAAACAUUUUCAAGUGAAACAUACAACUCUCUGCCUUUAAACGAAGCAGAUCCAGAAGAUUUUAAUGCUUGUUCUUUUGAUGCAUUAGAAGUUGAAAUUUAUACUCUUUCAUAUAUUUGA